AUGGGAAACGGUCUAAAGCACUGUAGACAACAACAUCCUUCAUUUCUUUACGAGCCUCUCUUCAGCUCUCCAAUUUUGGAGGAGGCAGAAAACGAGAAUCUGAGAGUCUUCAGCGCCAAGGAACUGAAGAAAGCAACAAAAAGAUUCAGAAGCGCCAGGGUCGUAACUACCCACGAUGGUUCGGUUCAAACAUUCUAUAAGGGAUACAUCAAUGACGCCACAUCUGCACCAUCAAGAACUAAAACCAAAAUCGCUGUUUCUGUCAUGGAAUUGGAAUGUCUUCAACAUAGUACUCCACGGCCAAAACACGUGUGGAUAAGCAAAGAAGAAGCGGAGUCUCUAGGAGAGAUAUAUCAUCCCAACUUGGUCAAGCUUUUGGGUUACUGUUAUGAAGAUACUAAAUCACUUUUGGUUUUCGAAUACUCGCACAAAGGAAGUUUGCACGACAACAUAUUUGGAAAAGAGGAGACAUUGCCUUGGAAAACACGGGUUAAGAUAGCCAUUGGAAUAGCACAAGCUAUUGUAUUUCUCCACUCCAUCAAUAAAAUCCCGUUACACCAUGAACUCGACAUGCAUAACAUUAUGCUCGACGAGCAAUACAGUUCAAAAUGGCUUUACCUUGAUUCAAAAAACAAACUUAUCGGAGAUAAAGGGAGAAUUGUUGCAACUACAUACCUGCCUCUUGAAUAUGCAAUGAACGGUCAUGCGGGAGUGAAGACCGAUGUUUUCACAUAUGGUGUGAUCUUGCUUGAGCUUUUUACUGGUUCAAAAGGUGGAGAAAUAUGUCUGAACAGUUUAGAUAUUAGGACUAGAUCGUUUGGGGAAACAAUUGAUCACCGACUUGAGAGCGAUUAUCCUACGCAUGCAGCAGCAAAAAUGGGCAGACUCAUCCGAAGAUGCACCAAGAGGAACUGGACGGAACGACCGUCUAUGCAACAUGUUUUGGAUGUUCUUAACUAUAUUGCAUGUAAAUAUUAA